CUUUCGUAGAGCGAUCAUGACGGAUAGAAUUAUAUUAAAAAAUAUUGAAUCCAAAAGCGACCACGAUUACAGUCUUCAACUGAAUCGAUGGUACCUGAAACCGAUCGGUGCUUGGCCACUAACGGGCGUAACAAACGUGGUUGAGAGGGGCAUGGUGUUACUACAGAAUCUAAUCUGUUGGUCUAUAGUAUGUUUUAUAAUGAUACCGUGCUUUUUAUAUGUGGUAUUCGAGGCAGAGGACAUCCAAACGAAGCUGAACGCAUUUGGCCCACUGGUUCACAGAAUCAUGGGCUCGGUGAAUUAUUUGACGUUGCUUAAACGCCGUAGAGACAUUCGCGAUUAUAUACAACAAAUGGAGAGAGAUUGGCGAGUUGUUGAAAGAAUCGACGAUCGUGAGAUGAUGUUACAAUAUGCGAAAUUAGGUCGUCUCAUUGCCAUAAUCUCUGGAAUAAUUAUGCAGGGCGGUACUUUACUCUACAGUAUAGCCAGAGCAAUGAGAACUGUCACUAUUAUUAUUGAUAAUCAGACUUUAACGAUGUAUCCAAUGACUUGUCCGUCUUAUCGGAAAUUUAUCGAUACGAGAUUUAGUCCCACGAACGAAAUUGUGCUUGUUUUCCAAUUCAUAUCGACGUUUAUAGUUGGUUCUUCUACAGUGGGUGUUUGUAGCCUAGCUGCUGUCUUCGCGACACACGCCUGUGGUCAAUUAAAUGUGCUGUACAAGCGGUUGGAUGAACUAGACAAGAACGAUGAGAAAGAGAAGCAGCCAGCUGAACAAAAAAUGAUUGUGAUCGUGGAGCAUCAUUUGAGAAUAUUAAGUCAAAUAUCGCGCAUGGAGAGUAUUAUGCACAACGCCUGUCUUGUGGAAAUAAUGGGAAGCACAAUUAAUAUGUGUUUACUUGGAUAUUAUUCUAUUAUGAAUUGGGCUAAUUUUGACGGGGCAAAAAUAACAUCUUAUAUUAUAGUAUAUAUUUCGUUCACUUUUAAUCUCUUUAUAUUUUGUUACAUCGGAGAAAUUCUUACAGAACAGUGUAAAAAUGUUGGACAUGCAGCAUAUAUGACUAAUUGGUACAAUUUGAAUCCUAAAACUGCCCGUGGUCUUAUAUUAAUAAUUGCUCAAUCGAGUAAAAUGAUCAAGAUAACUGCAGGAAAAUUAUUUUCAUUAUCUAUCGCCACUUUUGGAGAUGUACUUAGAACUUCCGUGGCGUAUUUGAACAUAUUGCGAACGAUGACUAUGUAAAAUUUAAUAAGCUAUAGAAGAAAUGCUCAAGAUAUAACAAAUAUUUUGUAACAAAAUAUAUAUAAAUAUAUUCUCAAAAUGUAACAAACGUUAAUAAGCGUAAUUAUAUA